UAUGCUUUUAUUAAAAUGUUUAAAGUGUUCGCGUUCAGUAGAAAGCGUCAGUGCGGUCUUUCCGUGCCUCGAUCGAGGCGUAAUGGCGAGUAAUUAACGCUUGUUUUGGGGUGUCUUAAACAUCGCCACCUCUUUGUUUGAAUGAGUUAAGAGCGGAAAGGGCAGACAGAUCCAAACAUCAUUUGAAGAGCUAUGUGACGCGCUGUUGAAAAGAUGGCAUUUAUUGUACUGGAGCAUGAAGACUUGAAGAUCGAAGAAGAGUUCAGAGUCAAGCGUGAAGACGCCGAGGAACAGACGAAGGCGUUUAUUAAAGAGGAGAGUGAGGAACCGUUCAGAGUCAAGCGUGAAGAUGCUGAGGAACAAACAGACCUGAUGGCACUGAAAGAGGAGAGUCAAGAGGAUAAUGUUCAGCAUGAGAACUUUGAUUUGUCGUGUGAUUUCAUGACUAGAAAGAAAUCGCUUAGUUGCUCAAAACCUGAAAAGACUUUGCGAAACAGAGCUCAAAAGACAGCAAACAGAAGUUAUUUCAACUGCCAACAGUGCGGGAAAAGUUUCAACAGAAAACGAAGCCUUGAAGUCCACAUGAGGGUUCACACCGGAGAGAAACCGUACGCGUGUCCUCAGUGUGGAAAGAGUUUCAAACACAAGCAGCAUCUCGACGACCACGCGAGGAUCCACACCGGAGAGAGACCCUUCACCUGCGAGCACUGCGGGAAGAGCUUCAACAGAAAAGGAAACCUUAAAGGCCACAUGAGGAUCCACACGGGAGAGAAACCUUUCGCAUGCAUACUGUGCGGAAAGAACUUCAAUCAAAAAACCAUCCUGAAAAGCCACAUACGGAUUCACACCGGAGAGAAACCUCACGCGUGUCCUCAGUGCGGAAAAUGCUUUUAGUAUAAACAGCACCUCGUCGACCACGUGAGAGUUCACACCGGAGAGAAGCCGUUCGCCUGCAAACUGUGCGGAAAGAGCUUCAUUCAGAAACAGAACCUGAAAUACCACAUGUUAGACCACAGCGGAGAGAAACCGUACACGUGCUCUCAGUGCGGAAGGAGUUUUAAACACAAACACCUCGACGACCACAUGAGGAUCCACACCGGAGAGAGACCCUUCACCUGCCAGCAGUGUGGCAAGAGCUUUACUCAAAAAGGGACCCUUAGAGACCACAUGAAAACCCACACCGGAGAGAAGCCGUACGCCUGCCAACUGUGCGGAAAGAACUUCAUUCGGAAACAGAACCUCAAGUACCACAUGAUAAGUCACAGCGGAGAGAAGCCUCACGCGUGUCCUCAGUGUGGAAAGAGUUUCAAACACAAGCAGCACCUCGACGCCCACACGAGGACCCACACCGGAGAGAGACCCUUCACCUGCCAACAGUGCGGGAAGAGCUUCACGAAAAAGGGAAACCUCAAAAAACACCUGAAGAUCCACUCGAGAGAGAAACCGUUUACGUGCGAUCAGUGCGGGAAGAGCUUUUCGCAGACGAGCCAGCUCAACGUCCACAUGAGGAUCCACACGGGAGAGAAGCCUUUCAGCUGCGAGCUCUGCGGCAAGAGCUUCAGGCAAAGCGCCGAGCUCAAAGCCCACGCCACGACGCACACCGGAGAGAAGCCUUACGCGUGCCACCAGUGCGGCAAGAGCUACACGCAGAACAGCCAGCUCACCAUCCACACGAGGAUCCACACGGGAGAGAAGCCCUUCUCCUGCGCCGUGUGCGACAAGAGCUUCACGGUCAAGCGGCGCCUCAAGGCCCACAUGAAGAGCCACGCCGAGAAGAACCCCUUCACGUGCUCCCGCUGCGGAAAGAGCUUCACGCAGAAGCGCACCCUCGACGCCCACACGGUGAUCCACACCGGAGAGAAGCCGUUCAGCUGCCCGCGCUGCGGGAAGAGCUUCCGGCUGAAGGGGAACCUCCAGGUCCACAUGAGGAUCCACACCGGAGACAAGCCGUUCGAGUGCCAGCAGUGCGGCCGGUGUUUCGCGCAGACGAAGCUCCUGAACGCCCACGUCAGACUUCACGCCGGGGAGAAGCCCUUCAUCUGCCCGCAGUGCGGGAAGAGCUUCACCAACAAAACCAACCUGAAGACCCACAUCCGGAUCCACACGGGAGAGAAUCCCUUCAGCUGCGACCAGUGCGGCGAGAGCUUCAGAUACAACGCCAACCUCAUCAAUCACAUGAAGGUCCACUCGGACGGCGGCGCGAAGACGUUCACGGACAGCGAGCAGCUGGAGGACCACGUUUGAGUUCACGUCUGAGCGCGGCCCUCCAAGAGUUUGGCGAGGGAAGGAAGCCUCGGGAUGGAGGGAGGAGAUCGUCCUCGGCGUCGAUCGCGGACUCGCUCCGAGAACAAAUUGCCGUUUUCCUUUGUGCAAACUGCAGGAACGAUUUUUGCAAAGAUCUGCUCAUUCGUUCUGAAAGAGCAACGUAAUAAUUUGGCGUCAUGCUGAAAGUUUUGCUUGCAUCCGUCGUCUCUCAAUGCUUGACCUUAAGGCUCAUUUUAUGUUGUAUAUUUGUGCUCCUUUGGCCAUACCUGAUCAUCUUCUGUGCUGUGGCUUCAAAUAUUAAACAGUUACAGUGUAUUCCCUCAACUUUUCGGGCAUGUGUUCAUUUUACUUUGAAUCAGAAUCUUUGUCAAACUUGAUAAGCAAUAAAUUGACAAACUAAACAAAAUCGCUUGUUCCUAUCGAGCUCA